AUGAUCAGCCAGUCCGCCACGAGAUCCGACGCCGCCGUGGUCGGAUGCAACGACGUGAGGAGCAAAGCCGGGCCGUGCCUGAGCUACGCGGAAGGCAAAGGCGACCAGAACACCGUCCCUCCGGCCUGCUGCGACGGGAUGCGCAAUAUUUCGGCGGAAGCCAAGACCGUGGAGGACAAGAAAGGUGUGUGCAACUGUCUGAGGCAAGUCUUCCAGAUGUUCAAGAAAGGUUUGGUCGACAGCUGGUUGCAGCAAAUUCCUGGCAGGUGCGGAGUCGACGUUCCUUUCAAGCUCUCCAUUGAUGCCGACUGCGACAGGUUCGAUAUCGAAACGCCACUCGUUUAA